AUGAAAUCCAGCAUUUAUCCCGAAGGCAUGAGGUCUACCCCUUACGUCGGCAGUGGCCCCUACUGCUAUGCCAAUUCGUUCGCUACUGUUCUUGGAGCCAAAGCUCCUUCUACGGCCGUCAUUGAGUUUGCUACCUCGUCUGCUUUUGGCAUGGAGAUAAUUAAUGUCCCCAGAAAUCCUCUCAUUUUCUUCGAUCCAUAUGGCUGGGAUCCUCUCAAGAGCUUUGAUGAUGCUCUGCAGGCAAUGGGCUGGCGCUGCACUGAAGUUGUUGGCAAAGAUGAGGAUGAUGCCUUACGCUCCCUCAUGACAGCUGUGCAAAACGGUCCAGUGUUUGUUGGCCCUGUUGAAAUGGGUCUGCUGAAGCAUCAGCCGAAUGCUCACGGUGCGAUUGGUGCUGACCAUUACGUCGUGGUACUUGGCAUCGACAACGACACUAUUGAGAUGCACGACCCUCAUGGUCAUCCAUACGCAACUCUGCCGCUUCAUGAGUUCAUGGCGGCCUGGAAGACUGAUUCGCUUGGUUACGGCAAAUCAUACACCAUGAGAACUGAGUUCAGGCAGAUUGAGGCCCUGGAUGAGGAAGACGUCAUUCUACGCUCCAUCCCCAACGCCCUCAAGCACAUCAGCCUUCAGGCUACCGGCGUUGAUAGCAUGCCUUCGGGGUCAGCUGCUAAUGAAGCUGCAGCAAAAUGGCUAUGCGACAGGAUUGAAGUCGGAUUGACCGAUGGAAUGCGCGCCCAUCUGGUUUACUUUGCCGUGCAAGUCGGGGCACGACGAAGUAUCGAUGCUGCGACCUGUCUAUCGCGUGUGGGUUACACUAAGUCAGCUACGAUUAUGGACAGCAUUGCACGGACUAUUGGGGCUCUGCAAUAUCCCUUGACCCAGAAGCGUGACGAAGCCGCAGUCACUAUUCUGCAGAGGCUCGGGCCCAUGUACGAGGAACUACGUGCAGUUCUGGAGGAGGAAGUGAAGCGCAAUGGGACUGAUUAG